AUGGCAAACGCUGAAGAGCUGGUCAAUGAAUACGAAGCACGAAUUCGCAAAAUCCAGUGGGGAGUAGAUCAACAUGGCCGAACAGUCGGUAUUGAUCCUAAAAUACCUGCGGAACCUACCCAUCGAGUACCACGACCCAGCCACGCCUUGCCUUACCAAAGUAGAGACCGUCUACUCCUCCCAAUGUUCUGCCCCCGCGCACUCCGACGAGGAAAUCAACGCGGUAGGAGAGGUGGCUGGCUCGGACGCCGGACGACACAUGGGACCCAUAUCAACCAGCUCGUCGUUCCAACGGCUGGUCAGUGGAGAUAUCGGAAUCAAUGGAUCGUGCAUUACAGGAGAGAAACAAGAAGUGGCUCCGGGACAACAAUGUCCCGGAUGACAACUAUUGGAAGUACACUCCACCGAAAUCAGAUCCAAGGUUCGAUAAUCCUAAGGUCCGAGACUCUUACCUACGACGCCUGUGCCCAAGAAAUCAAGGACCAUCGGAGGGAAGACAGACCCUAUAGGGACCCUCCAAUUCUACUCGACCCACCUUCCGAUGACGAAGCCGAUGUUACCCACCUUCAGAAGGUAACGGAGAACUGGGAUUUCGAUAGCGAAGAUGAUGACAACGAUGAUGAUGACGCCUUAUCCUUUUACAGUCAGUCGCAACAAAGCGGAGAGGAAACUGAGGACUCAUUCGGGACGAACGAGUCUUAA